AUGGCCUCGCCCAUCUCGGAGAAGGACGUGGAGAAUCCACAGAAACCCGGCGAGUCCGAAGCCUCGUCUUCCCAGGAAGAUGCCAUCCUCCAGGCCGACAAGGAGAAAGCAGGAGGUGACGACCUCGAGAAGUCUCAGGUCCCCCAUGCUCCUACCCUCGGGGCCACCCUCCGCCAGCUCGAAAACAAGCCGGGCGAAAAAAUCGAGCUGACCGAGGAUGACUGCUACGACCAGCUCGGAUAUGCCUUCCCCAGCUGGAAGAAGUGGAUGAUCAUCUCCGUCAUCUUUCUUGUCCAGACCUCCAUGAACUUCAACACCAGUCUCUACUCCAACGCCCUCACCGGCAUCUCUGAGGAGUUCAACGUCAGCAUGCAGGCCGCCCGCUGCGGCGCAAUGAUCUUCCUUGUCUUAUACGCCUUUGGAUGUGAGCUCUGGGCUCCUUGGAGUGAGGAGAUCGGCCGCAAGCCAAUUCUUCAAGCUAGUUUGUUUUUGGUCAAUAUCUGGCAGCUCCCCGUGGCUCUGGCACCGAAUUUCGCUUCGAUUAUGGUUGGACGUGCAUUGGGCGGUCUCAGUUCCGCAGGCGGCUCGGUUACGUUGGGUAUGAUUGCCGAUCUGUGGGAGGCAGACGACCAGCAGUAUGCUGUUGCUUGUGUUGUGUUCUCUUCUGUUGGUGGCUCUGUUAUUGGUCCUGUUGUCGGUGGUUUUGUUGAGGCGAACCUUGCGUGGCGCUGGAACAUUUGGAUCCAGCUCAUCUUUGGAGGCGCUGUUCAGCUUGCCCACCUUCUUCUUGUCCCCGAGACUCGCACGACCAUCUUGAUGGACCGUAUUGCCAAGAAGAUGAGGGAGAGUGGCGAGAACCCGAACAUCUAUGGACCCAACGAACUUGUUCCCUAUCGCGAGCGUUUCUCAAUGGGUGAGAUUCUUGCCACUUGGAUUCGUCCGUUCAGGAUGUUUGUGACCGAGCCGAUUGUCUUGACCCUCUCGCUGCUCAGUGGGUUCAGUGAUGCACUGAUUUUCAUGUUCAUCCAGUCCUUUGGUCUGGUGUACGACCAGUGGGGCUUCACUACUGUCACCAAGGGCUUGUCUUUCCUCCCGAUUCUCGUGGGUUACUUCAUUGCUUGGGGUUCCUUUAUUCCAGUGAUUAAGCGCAACAUCCGAGAGAGGCGUGAGAAGCCUGACGACGAACAAGCCCAGUACGAGUCCCGUCUCUGGUGGUUACUCUAUACUGCUCCUUGCUUGCCUAUUGGUUUGAUUGGUUUUGCCUGGACCAGCCUUGGACCCCCCGUUCACUGGAUUGGUACCAUGGUUUUCUCUGCUAUUGUCGGUAUCGCGAACUACAGCAUCUACAUGGCCACUAUCGAUUAUAUGAUCUGCGCUUAUGGUCCGUACUCGGCCUCGGCCACUGGUGGAAACGGCUGGGCGAGAGACUUCCUUGCUGGUGUUCUGACGAUUCCUGCCACGCCCUUCUUCCAGAACAUUGGCGGCGAACAUCACCUUGAAUAUGCAUCCACUAUCCUUUUUUGCAUCUCUUUCAUCUUGGUAAUUGCGGUGUACGCCAUUUACUGGUACGGCCCAACACUUCGCAAGCGGUCACCAUUUGCCCAGCAGCUCUCCGACGCAAGGGCCGAACUUCAGAGCCAUGGCGCAGUCCACACCGGCCGCCUAUCGCGUGUCCCGACCACUUCGCGGGCGAAUUCAUUUGCUCGGUCUCAGCAGAACCUGCGGAUUCGCCAGACGCUGGGUAGCCGUCAGAACAGCUUCGCAGCAUCUCGUCCCACCUCUCGCACUGCCUCUGCAAGACCAAGCUUCUCCGCCGAAGCAUGA